AUCCCAAUCCCCACGCCAAACGCCGAUUGCGCACCCGCGGAGCACGCUUCCUCUUCGAGCCGCUGGCCCCGACGCUCGUUGUAUACUCGAACGGAUACAACGGAGAUAGUGGUAUCAAGACGAUUGACUACCACGCGCUGCUAAAAGGAACCCUCCACGGUUUGCUAUUCGAGUCGACAAACAGUGCGGGAUCGUCGCUUCGCUCGCCGUCACUCCCCGCCCUCUCAGAAAUCAUGCAGCAAGAACAACACCACCAACGUCCCCCACCGCCUGCCUACGCCCAACACGAGCCCGAGUCCUUCCACCUUCCUUCCGUACCUACACAUCUCCCCAAUGCUCAGCACAAUAAUGGACGCCUACCAGGCAUAAAGUCGUUGGACCUUCCAGAGACGACGGCCCGUCAUACCCCGCGCAACUCGAUAGAACACAGUCCCAGGAAUCAAUUUGAUGGGUCGCAAUGGGGUGUGCUUCCGAGUCUGAAUAGUGCGACGUUUCCCAGGGUGCCUGAUGGGCUGCCUCGUGAAGACAUAGGAAGUCCUAUGGACACAGCGAGUGUGCGGAGUCUGCAGGAUGAUACUGUGGGGAGGAGGGAAACGAGUGUUAACAUAGACGAUCCGGACGUCAGACUGGCGGCCGAGGCAUUGAGUGGAUUGGGGAAUCCUGACUUUGUACGCUCUCCAACUGCACGAUCGCUUACUCUCUCCGCCCGCGAACCCACAGCUGACCCCGAACCCCUCCUCUCGCUCAUUACAUCGAACCAUCCAUGGCUCGGCGGCGCCGUCAAUGGCUCCAUCUCAGCCUACAAUACCACGAAAGGCUACACACCGCGUUUCGUUCAGUACGGUGCUGAACUCAUCGAGCGCAAUAUCGGAUCGCCCAUGGUCAAUACAGUGUCAUCAGUAGGCAGGAGGACAGGUAUGGAGGAGAACCUGCGGCGAUACCUUGGAGAGGUACACAGACGGCCUAGCGACCUUGAAGCUGGAGACGGGGAGGCUUCAAGAAGCAAGAGGCAGAGAAUAGCAAGUCCAGCAGAUGAUGCCAUGGACAUCGAUGAUGCACAUGCAGCGUCACGGACAAGAGGCGGCUCGCAAUCCUCGUCCCAGUCGUUGUAUGCUGAGUCGCUACCUGCAUACGAUGACCAGCGCUCGCCAAACUACGAGGAGUCGUUAACUGCAGCAGACUCGAAAAGCAGCCGAAAAGCAGAGCGAUCACAGACCCCGCAGGAUAGACGAGUGAACUGGUCUACACAACUCAUAAUGACAACAUCCGGUCUCGGCGUCGCGCUGUCCGACACUUCUCUCCGCUCACUCAAGCUUUGCCUCGGCCUGUUGCGUUCCGCGACCACGCACAUCGAUUCUGUAAUGCGCGCUCUGAAAGUCGUUCUGGAAGAAUAUGAGGCCGCGUUAAGAAGCCGUCGGCAGUCAGACGGACAGGCGUCUGUUGAUGAGAACGGGAUGGAGAGAAUGGAGGGCACAAUGGCCCAAAUGGGGCUCGUAGACGCAGAGAAGGACGAUCAAGUACGCCGAAUAGCAGAUCGCAUCAAAUCCCUCUCAUCCGAUAUAUGGACCACGCUCCAGUCCGUCGUACAAUCUGUCAGCCGGUACACAGGAGGUACGCUGCCGGCAAACGCAUCGCAAGUAGUGCGAACGCAAUUACUAUCUGUGCCGCAACGGUGGCAGGUCGCUGGUAGGAAUGCCGGGCAGGACAACCAAGGAGAAGAAGUCCGCGGGGCGAACAGAAUGUUGGCAUUCGCCAAAGAAGGGCUGGACAUGAUGGGUCAAAUUACAACUGUGGUUGACGGCACGGUUCAGAGCGCCGAAAGCUGGCUUGCUAGGAUUGGACGGAGAACGCCUGGCAGCCAAACGGGCGAGGGUCAGGAACAGACGGCAAAUGGGCGUGGGACUUACAGAGAGAAGACCCCACUAGCAUUGGAGAAUGGCCAUGCGAUAAACGAGAAGCGAUGAGAAAACCGAAAAUGGCCAGUAGGUCAGGUAAAAUCCUUACACCGUGCGACACAGCGUCAAUAUUCAAGGCGCAAGUGGGUACACGGAGCGGUUCGGAGUUGACGAGACAGGAAACAAGUAGAACCGCAACAUACCCAGUAUUUUUUUCUCUCCUACAUCUGUUCGUUUGUUCCAGUAAGGCGUUUGUUGGAUACGGCCUGAAAAUGCAAUCUAGCGCAGCGAGGGAACGGCGAUUAUCCUCAAUCAUAUCUCACCAAACGGCACUUCAACUGCAAGUCAAAAU